AUGUCCCAACCCAAUCUCACUGCGAGCGAUGGCCUGGUAGAUCUCGACUAUGACUCGAGAAACUAUCUCCAGGCCCAGAGUUGGCCAGUUGCGAUCGACCAAAAUGUUCAGCGACAUGACCACGCUCGAGAUAUCGCUCCUUUGCAGACCAGCGGUCAUGCCUUUGACCAGCCAAUGCCAGCAGAUCCUAAUUUGAUGUCCGAGUGGCAGUUUCAGCAAUCGCUUCAGGGUCAGUAUCCAUAUUCGCAAGUUGAGACCACUGCUCCUCAAUUCGCCUCGAGUUUUGCCGUCCCCUUGCAAGCGUCGCCCGUCGAAUUUCUGCCCGCGUCGCAAGCAGCAGCUUCCUUGGGUGCCAGCGGUCUUCUCGAUGGCUCGUAUCUUUCGCUGUCGGCUCCAGUCGAAAUCAUGCCGUUCACCUAUCCCGAGUUUCAGGAGGUCAUGGCAUACCCCAAUGCGCCAUUGGAUUUGGCUUCGUACGGAGGCGUCACCCACAACAUACCCGAGAGCAGCUCCCCGACAGACACCUAUCUCGAGGUCCGUUCCUUGACUAGUUCGAGUAGCGACAAUGGCUGGGCGACUGUCGACCACCGCACGAUGGACCCUUUCACCGACCAUGGAAUGUUCAUCAAUCCUACCCAGACAUUACACGAUAGAAGCUUGUCUCAGUCUUCAUAUUCUGAUUAUGAACCGAAUCGUGCCUCGUGGGGCAGCAGUUGGGUUGAUGUCCAACAUCCAAUUAGCUCGCCAGGAUCUGAUUCCAACCUUGAGCCGCUCUACCAUCCUUCCAUGGACCGACGCAUCUCCCUAGAUCACGCUUCCCACGGAUCUGUUUCGCCAACUGCUGUUAGCCCCGUCGCCAUUGUACGGCCAAUUCCAGUACCCUCCAAGAAAGCACCAUCUCCGUCUCAUUCCCCCAGCUCAUCCUCGUCAUCGUCAUCAUCUUCGUCCUCUCCGUCUUCCUCCUCCCCGCCAGUGAGAAAGAAUGCUCGUAAGAGCCCGAUUGCGGCUAAGACAGCCGAGACAAAGGUUCGCAAGCAAUCACAGGCGGGGAAACCCGACAGCGAGAAACGAAUUGGAAAGCGUAAAGGACCUCUCAAGCCCGACCAGCGAAAGCAAGCCAGCGAGAUUCGAAAAUUGCGAGCAUGUUUGCGGUGCAAGUUUCUCAAGAAGACUUGUGAUAAAGGGGAACCGUGUGCUGGUUGCCAGCCCUCACAUGCUCGUUUGUGGCAGGUCCCUUGUACUCGAAUUGAUAUUAAGGAGAUUGGUUAUUUUAUGAAGGACUGGAAAGCGGACUACGAGCGUCAUGUCACCGUGGGAUUCUCGGUUGGGAAUAUCAAAGGAUUCUCUGAGGAUGAGAGAACGCUCUUUGUCACUCAUGGCUAUGGUGAGAUCAUGCCCAUCAACGCCCGCGAAGUUUUUGUUCGGGAUGAAGAAUGCUUCAAUAUGGACUGGGUUGAGACCGUUGAGCGGGAAUUGGGUCAAUAUCAGGUGUCAACUAUGAAGUUAUCGGCUGGUAUAGAUGGUAUUUCCCACGCCAAGCUCUCUGAAUACCUUGACCGUCACAUUGACGGCAACGGGAGCUUCGAAAAGUUCGUAGACGACUACUUCGAUGGCACGCCUUUCCUCACCCAGAUGUUGAAGACGGCAUUCCGGUACUAUUUCAGAACCAAGCUACCAGUCAUCCGAAAGGCAUUGAAACUGAUCUUAGCCUACAACCUCACAUUGCACGUCACGAUGGUCGAGGGCAUUGGUGAGGAAGAAGAUUUCUUGGGUAAGAUCGAGGGCGAGGGUUCCCGUUUCCGAGGAAAGAUAAUGGCGCCGGUUAUGAUCAACUUCCAGAUUAAGUGUGCCAUGGCCAACAUGUGGCGUGAACUGCAAAAGGACGUCCUUGAGGAACUUUCAGCCCUCUACUCGAGUGUGUACAGUGGUGAUAGGCUCAAGAACUGGCCUACUAUUUUCAUUCUGGCCUCCAUUUUGCUUGCUGUUUGGGAGGAAAUGCAAUUUGAUUGCCACUAUCGUGUUCCUGAUGCCGCUGCUGUUGAUAAAUUUUGCAACGACAUGGAGUCUACCCCCGUUGGUGUCAUUGUUGGUCUCUUCCAGGCUAUCUCGCAGAAGCUGCCUGCCUUUGCUGAUUGGGAUACGAGCAAGCACCAUCACCUCCUUGCCUCCAAUCCUGAUGUCUGCCAAACGAUGACAGAGGUCCGACACCAUGUUACACAGCAUGAAUCCUACCUACGCAACCGCUCAAACACGUCCUUUAACCGUAACGACUUCGACUGCUUGUCGAAUAAAUUCCUGUCACGUCUAGUUAUCCGCGCCAAUUGA